AUGAUUUAUUAUACUUUUAUUUUGCUUACUUUUUUAUUCAUCAUCGUUCGUGGCAGAGUCGAAGGCGGUGUGGGAUUUUAUUCAUCAUCAGGUGGUAAAUAUUUACGCUACAAUGAAUUUUCAGAACAUAUGAGCAUUAGCAAAUUUCUGAACAACUUAAAGCCAAAAUCCUUUGUCAGUAAAAAUGCAUCAGUGAUUACUAUUGGAAAUCGGCAUGGAAAAAUCAUAUAUGGAAAUAAUGAAUAUUGUUUUGAGCCGUCAACUUGUUCAAUUGAUGCUGACUUGGGUAAGAGAAGAACUUGUGUGAUCCAUAUGAAUGAAAUUGCUGAAUUUCAAACCUUGAAAUCUUCAGAAAUUUCUCAGGAAUUUGUUGAUUUAAAAUUUGGUGAUGAAUUAUCACGUCCGACCGCUCUAAUAUGGUCAUGCCGUAUACCGAAUUGGUGUUGUGGUGCUGAAUGUUGCUCACAAUUUUUCAAGUUCAGUAUUUAA